AUGGAGGAUAAGACACAUGAAGGGAAAGUUCCUCUGGUGGAAGACACAGAGGUGAAGGUGCUUCUGGAGAAUGAGGCCUCACUCGGCCCUGAUGACAAAGCAGAUUACCCUCUUGUUGGGGCAAACUCCAUCUACUCUGCCAUCCUGAGCAGAAAUGAGGCCGUGAAGGAUGCCAAGCGUCUCAAGACAUUCUUGGAGCUGCGGGACAAGUACUUGAAAAAGAAGGUGGUGUUUGAGGAUCCCCUGUUCCCUGCAAACGACUCCUCGCUCUUCUACAGUCAAAAGUCUUCCAUGAAGAUAGAGUGGAAACGUCCCUCGGAAAUCUGUGACAAGCCUGAGUUCAUCGUGGAUGGAGCCAACAGGACGGACAUCUGUCAGGGAGAAUUGGGUGACUGCUGGCUGCUCGCUGCCAUCGCCUGCCUGACGCUGAACGAGAAGCUGCUGUACAGAGUGAUCCCUCCAGACCAGAGCUUCACUGACAACUACGCCGGCAUCUUCCACUUCCAGUUCUGGCGUUAUGGAGAAUGGAUCGACGUGGUCGUGGACGACCGCAUCCCCACCUGCAACAACCAGCUGGUGUUCACCAAAUCUUUCAGAAAGAACGAGUACUGGAGCGCGCUGUUGGAAAAGGCCUAUGCAAAGUUGCACGGCUCUUACGAGGCUCUGAAGGGGGGGAACACAUUGGAAGCCAUGGAGGAUUUCACAGGUGGCGUUACCGAGUUCUUUGAGUUGUCGGCGGCGUCUAAAGAUCUGUACACCAUCAUGAAGAAGGCCCUGGAGCGAGGCUCGCUGAUGGGCUGCUCCAUAGAUGUCGUCUCAGCCAGUGAAAUGGAGACUCGGACUGGUCAGGGGCUGAUCAAAGGCCACGCCUACUCCAUCAUAGGCCUGGAGGAGUGUGAUGAGGUUGCAAAGGACACCGAAAUAUGCCUGAUUCGCCUUCGCAAUCCCUGGGGCAGGGUGCUGUGGAAGGGACCGUGGAGUGCAAAUUCCAAAGAGUGGUCGACCAUUUCCAUCGCGGACAAGGAGAACCUAAAGAAACAGACUGUGGAGGCGAGUGAGUUCUGGAUGUCUUUCGAUGAUUUCAAGAGGAACUUCACGAAGCUGGAGAUGUGUAACCUGACCCCCGACGCGCUGCAGGGGGACGAGAGAAACAGCUGGACUGUGUCGGUCAACGAGGGCCGCUGGGUGAGAGGCAGCUCUGCUGGCGGCUGCAGGAACUUCCCAGACACAUUUUGGACAAACCCUCAGUACCGGCUGCAGCUUUAUGAGGAGGACGACGACGCAGAGGAUGGAAGGGUGGCCUGCACUCUGGUCGUGGCUCUGAUGCAGAAAGGUCGACGGAUGCAGCGCCAUCAGGGGGCCAAGUUCCUCACCAUCGGGUUUUCCAUCUACGAGGUACCAAAGGAGAUGUGUGGACAGAAUGAGCAUCUGCAGAAGGACUUCUUCCUGUACACAGCCUCCAAGGCCAAAUGUCAGUCCUACAUCAACCUGCGAGAGGUAACGGAGCGUUUCCGUCUGCCGCCAGGAGAGUACGCCAUCAUCCCCACGACCUUUCAGGCCAAUCAAGAGGGCGAGUUCCUCCUCAGGGUCUUCUCCGAGAAGCAAAGCACGUCAGAGGAGGCGGAGAACCCCAUUGAGUCCGGACAAAUCCAGCCUAUUGUAUUUGUGUCGGACAGAGCGCGAGCCAACAAAGAGAUUGAGCAUGACGGCAUCCAGGGGGAAAAGAAGAAGAAGCCAAAGCGAAAACUGUUGGAACCCGAGGAGGAGACUGAAGAGGAAAAACAGUUCAGGGCCAUUUACCAGCAGAUUUCCGGUGAGGACAUGCAGAUCUGUGCCAACGAACUCCAGACCAUCAUGAAAAACGUUCUCUCCAAACAUGGUGAAGUCAAGACCAAAGAAGGUUUCAGCCUCGAGACGUGUCGGAGUAUGAUCGCCUUGAUGGAUACCGAUGGGACCGGGAAACUGAACCUGCAGGAGUUCAAGCACUUGUGGAAAAAGAUCAAGGAGUGGCAGCUGAUCUUCAAGCGUUAUGAUAAAGACAAAACUUGCUCCAUCAGUAGUUUUGAGAUGAGGAACGCUGUGAAUGACGCAGGGUUUCACCUCAACAAACAGCUUUAUGACAUCAUAGCAAUGCGUUACGCCGAUCAACACCUCAACAUCGACUUUGACAGUUACAUCUGCUGUUUUGUGAGGCUAGAGGGAAUGUUCAGAGCUUUUAAUGCAUUCGACAAAGACGGAGAUGGAAUAAUUAAACUCAACGUCCUGGAGUGGCUCCAGCUCACCAUGUAUUCUUAAAUCCCCCUCCAGGCCCCGGAUGUUGCUGCAGACACAAACUUUGACUUAAUUCUCUUUUCCUUAAGCUUAAUUGGACUAAGUGUAGUUUUGCACAGUUACAGCAAAGUCUUGAUGUCGUAUCCACACAUCUUCAGAGUUACUUAAUGUAUUUUGUUUUUAAAUAUACAGGAGGCGAAGACUGUGAAUGCAAUUUGUCUUUUUAUUGCUUACAAUAUGGCUUUUAUGUGAGUGAAGUGAAAUACAGACCAUAACAUGAAUACAGCCUCGUUCAAGUUAACUAUAUAUCUAUCAACUUAUAACAACUGUCACUUUUUUCUUCCAUCCCUCAGAAAGAUGAUGUGUUGUAUAAAGUCACUUAGAGGACAAGAGGGUUUCCUCCAAAGGAAUUCUCCCAGAAAUGUGUAAAGUUACAUGAUUUCCACAUUUAAUGCAUAAUUAUGAUUAUUGAUCCAAGUUCUCACAAGAGUCUGAGGAAGAAAUUAAUGAAACGGUCGGGGUUAGAAAACAAAAAAACACAAACCUGAAAUAACUUUACAUGUAAACCACAGGUUGUUGAAUAUCAGACUUUAGAUUUUUAAAUCUGGAGUUAAAAGCCUGAACAGCACCUUCAGGAAACCAUAAAGUGAACUAGCAGGCAAUUCAGAAGAAUAGAUUAGGACGAGGGAGUUAUCAAGUGAGCCGAUAGAUGAGGGAUUCGAUUUCAUCAAAUUUUUUCCCUGUUCAGCUUUCAUUCUCUCCUUUACCUCAAAUACUCAAGACAAAAAAAAACCACAACCUCCACGUUAGAGCCAACCGUCAAUGUGAAGCAAAACACGGCAGCUUUAACUUCAAUUGACAAGAUGAGCUGCUUGACAAACAUACUGAGCUGAUUAUAUCAGUGCAGCAUAGUUGCUUUGCAUAUGCCAGUUCUGAAGAGGCGUAUUAAGUGCUGUACAUUCUAUGGUGUCAUGUAUUCACAGUGACAACCAAAUAAAAACAUGUU